AUGGAUCACAAUACCAAGAAUCGUGGGCGUAAAUCUGACAACAAAUAUUCUCAAAAUACGCUUGAUGCAGGUAUUUACUCCAAAUUAGAUGCAAUAGUUAAAGAUUUACAGAAUAAUUCCAAAGAUAAUACAAAGGAUUAUAAUCAACUAAUCCAAUUCUGCGAGAAAGGUUACUUAAAUCAACUGGUUCAAAAUUGGUCAUAUUAUGCGCAAGUUAAUAACCAUUCGAUGUUUGUAAAAAGUACAAUAUUGCUAAGUAAAAUUCUCAACUUAAUCAACCAAAAUGCAUCAAUUGUGGACCAUGGUGAUCAAAUUAUUAAAUUAUUAUUAACUGAUUAUUUGAAAGUUAUAUAUCGGGGAUUAAACAAUUUAAGAGUCACAAUUACCAACCCAAUAUUGUUCUUAUUGAAAGAUAUAAUCAAUUUUAAUAACUCAAAACAUGUAGAGGAUUUUUUAUCAUUUUUUGACUUUUCUUUAUCAAGUUUGAUCAAGAUUCUUACUCCUACAAAAUAUGAAUUAGAAAACACAAACUUUGAAAAUUACAUCAAUUAUAACAACAAUAAUUCCUCUAAAAGUAACAAGACUGUGAGAGCGGCAUUUAUAGAAUUUUGGAUUGAUUUAAUAGAUAAAACACCACCUCUGCUUAGAAAGGAUCUACUUGUUGAUAAUGCAAAAAUCAUGGGUGCAUGGUUCAAAUAUAUGGAUAAAUGUGAUUCAAGUAAUCUUAUGAUCAAUACAAUGAAUACUUUCAUCAAUGAUAUAUUGAAUGAAAAAAGCUUUAAAAGAAUGACAAAAACCAAAAUUUUGAACGAAUUUGCAUUAUCUAAGUUACACCAAAUGUACUAUUCUACAAAUAAAGAUUUAGUUAAUAAAACUAACGAUUUUUUCCUUGCAUACGGUUACAGAAAUGAGUCUUCAGUCUCAUUUCCGGAUAAUUGUGUUUGGUUCGAUGAAUCACCUAACACUAAUAUCAUCUACUCUACUGCUAUAUCUACAUCUGCCACAACUAAUAUGAGGGCGCCGGUGUUAAUUAACCAACGUGAAUUUAAACUAUACAAUAAAAUGUUAUUUAAUAUCUUGAAGUUGUUUAAACCAUGGGAAGACGAUUUACAGUCUGUCACUUUAAUAAAAAUUUUAAAAGCUAACCCAGGUUUAGUAGCACCAUACUGUGCAUAUUUAAGUACUUUGGGGUCACAUGACCCUAGAAUGACAUCUUACUGGUUUGGUAUGACGUUACUUUUAGAUAGAAUUAUAAAUCUUCCAAUUCCUGAAUUCAUGGAAAAUGUAGAGACUGAUAUGAUUCCAUCUAUUUCACUAGUUAUGGAAAAUAUUAUACCGUCAUCGCUGACGAGGAAUUCAUUGACUAAGAUGUUACAAAAUGAUAUACUUGUGGUAAAACAGUUGGGUUGUCAACUAUUAAUCUUUGCAUUCCAAAAAUUAAUCAAAAUUUUAGCAUUAUAUGAUAGAAAAGGUUGGAAUUCCUCCAAAUCAUCCAUAAAUACAUCAUUCUUUAAUAAUAUUCCAGAUUUGAAUAUUAUUGUCAAUGCAUUGAAUCAGGUUUAUAUUAAUCACAAAGAUAAUAAGAUGAUUUUAUUAUCAUUAACAGUAAUUCUUAAGUACUACAGUCAAUGUUUUCCAAAUUUCUUUUCUGUGACAUUACCUUCCAAAAAUAUUUAUCAAGAUAUUAUGAGCAAAAAAUCAUUUAAUGGUGUUGAAUUAACAAUAUUGGAUAAUUUUUUACAAUUUCAAGAAUUUAAUAGUACUCAAACAAAAUGGUGGAAUAGUACUGAUGGUGAAUCCUCCUUAUUUGUUUCUUUAUUGAAACUAGCUUCUUCACCAAAUACCAAAUCUCUCACUAGCAUGAAAGUAACAAAUCUUUUACGAAAUUUGUUGGAUGGUUCUGUAAUCUUCAGAGAGGAUUUAUUAGUUUCAUUGAUAGAAGCUUUAGUUUCUAGUUUAAAGGUUGUCUCUAAGACACAAAUAAAUUUGAAGAGUGAUAAUGAUAAAAGCAACUUGGAUAGUAUAUGGAAACUAAUUGACCAGUCUAUUUUACGGGCAAUAAAGACUCCAUAUAAGUAUGUUACAAUGUCUCAACCAUAUGAAAAUAUUUCUCCUUGCUUAAUGGUAUUAGCAGAACAAUGGAAAUAUAUUAAUCAAGAACAAAUAACAGAAGAACAAUCUAAUCUAACCAUUAAAUGGAUUUUGAUCUUCUAUAGAAUUAUGGUAAUUAUUGGUGAAGAUCAAGAUGGUGUUACAAGACUCAUGAAGGAUUAUUUUCCUGGCAUAUCCAAUAGGUUGAUAAAUUCUUAUCUAAAUUUCUCUGAUUGUAAUGUUGAAUAUUUUAACAAACCAGAAUAUCUACUGAAAGAUUGUAUUGAUUCUUCAUUUUUUCAUUAUGUUAGUCUGCUAGAGUAUAAAAAACUCAAGAUUAUGUCAAGAGUACCUGUAUGUGAACUAGAUAUUACAGCGCUUUUAUUCAAAAUUAAGUUAGUUUCCAUUGAUCAAAAUAUUAAAUAUGAUUCCUAUUUUAAGGAUACAAUAAUGUUUAUGUUUGAACAACUUGCGGACUAUCUAGUAGCUAAUAACUCCAAUAAAAUCUCUAAUAAUAUUAAAGUCUACUCAUCAUAUUUUGAUUUUAUUCUAGAACAUGUCAACGAGGAAAAUUCAAUGUUAUUAGAAAAACAUAUUUUUGUUGCUCAACAAAUUCUAUUAAUUAUUAACAAUUUAGCUAAUAAAGAGAAUGACAUUUUGAGAAAGUAUUUAUUCAAGUGGGUAUCCAAGAUAAUUACUCUUGGCUCUUCUAUGGAUAACAAGGAAAUCACUGCUUUAAUCACGUUAGCAGUUACAUUUUUGGAUUCUGAAUUAGCUUUAAGUUUAGUACAAAGUAAUUUUACCUUUACUAUAAACACAGUAGUAGUGUUGCUUUCCAUUAUUGCAAAUGAUACAAGCAAACAUAUUAACUUCAAUAUUAUUAAAAAAUAUCUAAGAUUUCAGAAUGACCUUGUCGGUCCUCUUGUUCAUUUGAUUGAAAAUAAACAAGUUAAUGACAUCAAUGUCAAAGAAUUGAUUCCGGUUUGUUUAUUAAAUUCUAAUUCUGCUACAAUACUAAAGUCAUUAUUGUCCUCUAACUUGUUGCAAGGAAAAGAUAUGAUACCAUACAUAAAUGAGGUCGAUGAUAUUAGUGUAUGUGUUUCUAUUGUAGAACUAUUUGAUUUGUCUAAUAAUGUAAAUGAUGAGAUGUUGACAUAUAUUAAACGAAUUGUGGGGAACUGUUACAAUAAGUUAAAAGAAUUGGAUGAUAGUAUUUUUGAAAAUGUAAUUAACUUAUUUAUAAAACAUAGCGAUUUGUUAAGUCAAAUAGAAACUGAUAAUAUACUGUUAUAUAUUAGUACUGAAUAUGUUCAUAAAUAUAAUGGUACGGUUAUCAAUUUUAUUAGGAAAGUGGCAAAUUUUGAUGAAGAUUUUAUUAUCAAAUGGAUGAAUAAAAUGACAGUGUAUAUUACGAAAUAUUUUUCAGAUAGAGAUACUCUGACAAGCAAGUUUGAAAGAAUAUUAAAGGAAUAUACAUGUUUAAUAAAUAAGGUCAAUAUUUGGGAAAAAGUCAAUCAUAAUAUCAUUAAUUCGCAGUUAGAAGUUAUAUUUAGUAAAAAAUGGGUCAAGGAUAAUAUUAUUUUAAGAUAUGGAUUAACACUUAUAUUUGGUGCUAAUAAAAGAAGUAUUGAAUGUGAAAAAAUUGUCAAUAUUAUUGUUAACAAUGAGGAAUCAUCACUUGUGAAAGGUCCUGUUGAAAGUGAAAAUAAAUUUUUAACUGUACUUUCACUAUAUGCUUUAUUCAACUUCGAAUCAGAGAAAUGUUCAAAUAUUCCUAUUCAAAAGAAAUUAUUAACCUUUUAUUCCGGCUCGAUGAGUGCGUCAGACAAACUUAUUUUAAAGAUAUUAGAAAUGAUUGAAACAAAAAUCUCUACUUCUUGGACUAAUCUGAUUUAUACUUGGGAUUUAUUAGAAAACAGUGAUAUUGAUAUAGAUUUGAUUGGAGAAACCAAGCUGAUAACAGAGGAAAAGGAGGGUUUGAUUUUGACUUUAAGAAAAGAUUUAGUUGAAUAUUCUCUUCAAAAUUAUAUUUUGACGUAUCCUUCUAUUCCAACUUUAUCAAGUGAUUUAUAUGAGGAUAUAUCUAGAAGCAUUAGAACUUUUGACUUAUAUUUUAAUGAAUUUAAAACAAUAAACAAUUUUAAAGAUGAAAAAAUUGUGUAUGACCCAUUCUUUUUAUUGUUAUUAUCUAUUCAAAAUGAUGAAUUAGUGAAAUGCCAAAAGGAUGAAAACGGUGCAAUUAGUUAUAAGUUUGUGAUUAAAAAUUUUAUCACAUCUAAAUUAUUAAAUUUAGUAAUAUAUGCACUGUCAGAUCCAUGCAAUAGAAUUAAUGAUAUUGCAUUAUCACUAUUAACACAAAUGGUUUACUCUUUAGAAGAUUCUCAUCAAUUUAAAGGAGAAAAUAUAUAUAAAAUAUUAUUGAAAAAGAUAGUCUUCACAGUACAAAAAAACAGACAAUCUGAACAGGAACAGCAAAAUCAACAACAACAUGGUGGUAUUCCGCCAAUACUGUGGUUCUUUGUAUCUAAUUUAUGUGAUAUUUUGAAUCAACCUUUAUCAUCUUUAUAUGAAAAGACGUUCCGUUGGAUCUUAAAUGGAUCAUUUAUACGUAGCAAUGACUUACCUAUGGUUCAUGAAUUAAUGUCACCAAAUUAUAGUGACUCUAUAAAUGAUAUCUAUUACAGCCAGUUAUCGUGGGUUUUACAUAAUUUGGAGUUUGGUAUUAGAACCCAAGCUGAUUUUGAAUUUUUAAAGAGAAAGGGCAUUAUUGAAUGGCUAUAUACUAUGUUGAACAAUCCAUAUUUAAAUAAUAGAUUAAUAUCAAUGAUCAAAUCUAUUUUUUACAAGAUCCAAAGAAUUGAUACUGGUGCAUCUGUUUUGAUAACUAGGUAUGCUGCCUUGUCUGAUUUAGAUAUGUCUACUGUCUUCUUGGAACAAUUAGAUAAUCAAAUGAAUGAAAAAUUGAGAAAGAAUAACAAAAACAGUAAAAAUAUUAGGAAGAAAUUGUUAGUAGAUGAACAACUUUUAAAUAACAAGGAAUUAAUGAUGGGUUACUCCAUAAUCAUUUCUAAUAAUAAGAGAUUAAGAGAUUGGACAGAAAAUGAAGUUGAAAAUAUAAAGAAGAGAAUUUGUGACAGUAGUGUAAAAUUACCGCAAGUCUUAGAAUAA